UUCAACAUGCUUCAAAUUCCUGUGCAAAAUCUUGAUAAUAUAAGGAAGGCUCGGAAGAAAGUAAAAGGUAUUCUAAAGGAUAUUGGGCUUGACAGCUGCCAGGAGUUACUUCACACUCUGAAAAGUUUUGACCCAGGAGAAAAAUAUUUCUGCAACACUUCGUGGAGUGAUGUGUCUCUUUGGGAGUCUGUGACCAGAAGAAGGAGAUACAGAACAAAUCCGUACUGCUGUAGCCUCUGCAAGUUCUCAUCAAAAUUUAUUUCUUCUUUCAAAAACCACUUGAACCGUUACCAUGAAGAUGAAGUUGAUCAAGAAUUGGUUGUUCCUUGCCCAGAAUGUCCAUUUGCUUCUCAUUCCAAAGUAGUGGGAAAACACCUUCGUAUAUUUCACUCUAAGAAAAAAAUUCAAAACUAUAAUGUGAGUGGUGGCAUGAGACAAUUCCGGAGUGAUGCAGUAAACUUCAUAUGCCAGAAAUGUCAGUUUACAGACACAUUAUACUAUAAUACGAAGAAACAUGUGUUGGUAACCCACUUCCAAAGCCUAAUAAGCACAUACCUUGAGGAGAGGCCUGAUGAAAGUGAAGAGAAUUUUAUUGAUCACUACUGUAAAAAGUGCAAUGCUUUUGCAAACAGUCGGGAAUCUUUAAUAUACCAUGUCCUGACAUCUGAAGUACACAAAGACCUGGAGAAUAUAUUGAGACCUGUAAUUUCAGUGCAGCCUAAAAAAUCAGGACAAGCAAAGUCCCUGCAUAUUGUCAGUAUUGCGCCCAAGCCUUCCACAGUUGGAGGCACACCAUCACUGAUACCUACCACUUCUUCAGUGGGUUCACCUUCUACGUGUAUCCAACUUUCACUUCCAUCAAUGAAUCAGAAUCAGAAUGUGGUGCCAACAAAAGCAGUCCCAAACACAGUUGGACCAAGUGCCUCCAGUAGCCUGACACAUCCAUCAUCGUCAACUUCAGUUGCCCAGUCCCAGUCAUGUAAUACACUACUGCCUGGCCAAGCAGGUCCGAAUAAUGUGACUCUUCGGUCUGCAGUUCCUCAUCCAGUCUUUGUUUCUCAUCGACUUCCUGUGAAGCAGCCUCCUGGGAGCAUAAGUCGAACUGUUCCUCCAGGAGUCCUUUCAUUCUCUCGGCCUGUCCGGCCUACCCUGCUUCCUGCUAAUCAAUCUGUUACUCAGCCUGCUGGUUCUCUGAACAGACCCAUUGGAGCUAGCUCUGUUCCGGUAAACAGGCCUUCUUCACCUGGCGUCCUUGCUGUAAACCGACCUGUUGGUAGCUUGAAUCAGCCCAGUGGUCCUGGGGUUCUUCCAGUCACCCAGACGCUCCCACCAGGGGUUCUCCAGUUUAAUCAUCCUGUUUCACCUGGAGUUCUUCCUGUAAACCAGUCAGUUGGACCUGGGAUUCUCCAAUUCAAUCAGCCUGUUGCACCAAGAGUACUUCCGGUAAACCCAUCUGUCAGACCUGGAGUUUCUCAGAAUGCUACUUUACUGACUGCGGGACCUAUCCUUCGACAGUUAAUUCCAACUGGCAGACAAGUUAAUGGGAUACCUACGUACACCUUUGCCCCAGUUUCAGUAGCUUUGCCUGUGCCAGCGGGUGGUGGGGUGACAACAGCUCCACCACCUCCUCAGAUGCCUGUUCAGCUGAUGCAGUCUAGUACAGUUACUCAGCAGUCUCAGGCUCCAGCUACUGUGCCUUCCUCUGUAGUAGUAACUUCUUCCACGAAUACCCUCGCCAAGACUUCUGUCUCUGCCUCUGCAAUGAGCCUAGCCCUUAAACAGGCCAAGCAGUGGAAGACUUGCCCUGUUUGCAGUGAGCUUUUCCCAUCAAACGUCUAUCAGGUGCACAUGCAAGUGGCUCACAAAUGCAGUUCAGGGAAGAUGGGCAAGCUUGAUACAGACAAAGUUGCAGCCUGUGCACCUUUUCUGAGAUGGCUAAAAGAUAAGACGGUCAGGUGUUUUUCUUGUAAAUGUUUUCUCUCUCAGGCAGAGCUUAUAAAACAUAUUUUCAUACAUGGAUUAGCUUGCCUGUUUUGCACCAGUACUUUCCACGAUCUAAAAUGCCUUGUGGAUCAUACUAGAACUGUACAUAAGGGGAAGAAGAAACUACAUGCAGAUUAUGAUGACAAAGGUUUUCAACUCGAGAGUGAUUCGGAAGGUGACCUGGUGUUUCCUCACUUUGACUUUAGCAUAACUGUAAAAGAAGAACUUUGUGAAAAAGAAGUACACCUAGCAGUACUCGCUGGGGUAAAUUCAAGGACACUUAUUCCUCUGUACAUGAAGCUGCAACAUGAGACUGCUGAUAUGAAUAAUGGCAAUAAGAAAGUAUCAACUUGCCCUUUUUGUUACGGUGUUUUCACUAGCCCAGAAGCCUACGAGUUCCAUUUGAAGGACAGGCACCAUAUCAUGCCAACUGUGCACACCAUUUUAAAGACUCCAGCUUUCAAAUGUAUCCACUGCUGUGGUGUAUAUACUGGCAACAUGACUCUGACUGCUAUUGCUGUGCAUCUGCUUCGCUGCCGGAGUGCUCCCAAAGACAGCACCCCAGCUGUGAAGAUGGAGCCUGAACUCGAUGAGAAGAAAGAUCUGGCAGUUGUGAAUGGUGAAAAUCAUGAUGAUCCUUCUCUCUCAACAAAGAGGAAACUAUCUGAUCACCUUUAUUCUGUUGCAGAGGAUCAAAUGAAUGAUGACCAGCCAUUCCUGAUUAUAGACAGCGGCACAGCCCAAGUUCCAGCUAAGGAAAUGAAUUUUGUGCCUUCCAAGAGACAAAAGACUGAUCAUAAGUCUGAAACUAAGGGCCAGCCCUCCGUUGAGAAUCUUCACAUUUUAGCAUUAAAUCCAAAGCCAUUCCAAAAGAGCUCAAAUGAAGUUCAAAAACUGUUUCUUACAGAUUAUUUUCAUGAGAAGCCGUAUCCCACUAAAAAGGAGUUAGAGUUACUGUCAUCCAGUCUGUGUGCUUACAAAGUUGACAUUGCAUCAUUCUUUGGGAGAAAGAGACACACCUGCCUAAAGGCAAUAAAAAAUCUUAAGCCAUCUGUGCUUUUGGGAUUCAAUAUGUCUGAACUUAAAAAUGUGAAGCACAGUUUGAGCUUAAAAUGUGAAUCUGAAGAUGUGUAAAAAUUUUUUUUUAAAAAACUCAUAUAAGGCAAUCAAGAUUGCAUAUUCAGGCAUCUGUCAUGGAUGCUUUAGUUCAGAUUCCUGCAUUGCAGGGGGUUGGACUCAAGGACCCUCAGCGUCCUUCCAACUCGAUAAUUCUUUGAAUUGUCUCACUGAUUUAGUUUCUUGUGAUUAUUAAAAGAUUAGUAUGCAGUGCCGCUUUCAUUUGGGCUGUGUGUUCUUUGUGGCAGUAGGGUACAGUAUAGUAUACCUGAGGCUCUGGGUUUUUGUUUUGUUCUUUUUUGCUGUUCAUGGGGUAGUUUUCUCUGCCUAUGGUUUUUAUACAAUUGUGUAACAAUUUUCCUGGCUUUUUUUUAAAGUACAAAUUGUUUCUAAAAGUGUAUAUGUUUGAUAAAAUAAUAAAACUAUUAGGAGGGCCAUAAUUUAAAGAAACCUCCCCUGUCUUUAAAAUUAAUACGGUUAACUUGUAACCUAAUCUUCAUAUUGCUCUCCAAAAUAAUAAAUUUACCAGUGACAGCUAUAACAAUUUCAGAAACUCUUUGAUUAAUUGGACCUAACGGCUGCCUUUAGUUAUGAAACACGUAAGCCAAGGUUUUGCAAGCACUGUUUCUAAACUAUUUGUUUUACAGUAAGAAAUUAUGAAGGCUUACAUUUAAAAAAUGGCAACUUUUCUCCCCUGAAGUUAACACUUGGGUUUAAUAAUCCUUGAUUUGCAUUUUGGAAUAAAUAAGAGAGGAGCUGUCCAUUUGAUAUUGAGCUAUAAUGACAACCUAGGGAUCUUUUCAUAUGGCUCUAUAGCUUGCUGGGAGCUCUGAUGACAUAGCAUACUGUUCCAAGCAGCACUUGGCUAUGUACACUUUAUGAAGGCUUUUCACUAGCUGCUCUGCUCUAUGUUAGGAAAUAAUCCCAAGCCACUUUUGCUUGGGGCAAGAGAUCAAAGACUUCAGCAAUACUAGCCUAGUGCAGGCCCUGAGUUUAUUCAGUUUUCUCACUGCAUUUGAAUCAAUGCUUAUUGAAAGCACUUGCUAUCAUUACAGUAGCUGAAUUAUUUCCUGUGUCACCCAGAUGACAACCAUGUCUAAAGUUAGGCAAGAGAUUGCACAAGCAGAAUACUCUUUAAAAACAAAUAGGCCUGAGAACAGGGGCAGGUUUUAUUGCUUCUCUUGUCUUACUUUUCAGCAAUGUAUGUUCUGACAUCUCUACAGAAUAUUAGUUUUAACUACUAACAUUUAACAUUCUGUUGAACUUGACUAGGACACCUUAUUACUUUAGCAUCAAGAAAAGAAAAUGAUAUAUUUGGUGUGCUGACUUGACAUUGUUUUCUAGUUACUAACGUGUCUUUUAUGGCAAGAGAAUUUUUGUUAAGGUGAAACUGCAUGUAAAUAACUUUGUGCAAUUUAAGCAGUUGUAUUAUAGGCUGUUCAAUUUCUAUAAAUGUCAGAAAAUUGUUCAGAGGGCUUUUUGGUUUGGUUCUAUUCUAUAAUACAAUCUCAUCUGACAGUGAAUAAUGCCAGUUCAAAAAAAUAAAUACUGCAAUGGGGGUUCUGUAGGCACAGGUAGAUUAUUUACAUUUGUUUCAGCAUUGAUACUUAACGGUUAUGUAUAUGCUAGAACUUGGUGAAAGAAAUUGAUUCAGGAGUGAACUGGCCACCCAAGUGGUGAUUACUACUACUUCUACUAUUUUAACUUUGACAUCCAUCCAUUCGUGUGAGAAUGCCCAGAGAAUGUGGAAUAGUGCCUCCCUCUGCUGUUUUGUGGAAAACUAGGAGGUAAAAGUAGUGGCAAAAGCAAGCUGUUUUUACCUGAAACCCAGAUGCUGGCAGUAAGUACAAAACAAAAGUCACUGCAGACGUUAAGGGAAGAGCAACUUGGCUUUGGGAAAUGACGACCUAUAAAUCAAAACUGACUGAAGUGCAAAUAUCUGUGUUCAGUGCUGACCAACUGGUCUGCAUUUCAACUUGGCCAAAGUUAAUAUGUGAGCUUAUUUUAAGUUGCAGGAUAAAUUAUAUGACAGUGCUAAUUAUUAUGCUUGGUUCUCACUACAGCACAUGUCUGAAUACUGCAUGUAUGAUCUGCCAAGAAUGGAAGUGACUAGAGGUGCAUUAGUGGUGCUUUCGUGAACAGCUCCUCUUUAUUUUUCUAAACGCCAAGGAUUAUGAAGGAGUGAGAGGAGCACAUAAAGCCUGAGCUACUCCUUACAGUAGGAGAGAGCCUGGUCUGUUACAUGUGAGCAAUUGAUCUGUUGACUUCAAAUAAACCCAAGUUUUCAAUUUUA